AUGUCGAACACACUAACUUUCGGAAAAUACAAAGGUCAAUCCAUUGAGGAUGUAUUCAAGAAUGAUCCUGGAUACUGUCGAUGGAUGCACAACCAACCAAGCCUUAACAUUAGUGAGGAUAUCAAGAUUUUCCUUCACUCCAAGUUUCUCAGCAACGAUAAUUCAUAUAUGAUGACAUGGGGGAAGUAUCGGGGUAAGACUCUCAAGCAGAUUAGCCGAAUGGAUCCCGGAUAUAUCGAUUACCUACGCAAGAGCGAAUUCGUGAUUGAGAAGUGUCCUAAGCUACUCAAGGAGCUUAACUAA